AAUGUCACGUGCUGUUUUUUUGUUUAUCAACACUUCAAUGCAUUCGCUCAAUUUGUUUACAUCUGUAAUUGUCCAUGGAAUACAAAUGCAAAAUAAGUAAAUAAAAAUAAAAUUACAUACAAAAGUAAACAGCAACAUGCGUUUAUUUGUUGUUGUAUAGUUCCCGUUUUAGCGCCAUCACACCACAACUGUCAAUUUGAAAUGCAAGAAUGCAAAUCCAAAGCCGAAAUGCACUCAAAGAAGCCAUAGAAAAAUAUUUAUCACACCUGCACAUAAAAUCACACGUUAAGUGCCAAAUCAAACUAAAAUUUAGCUAUUAAGAAAUAAUAUGCAAAUUUAAAAGAAAAAACUUUCAAAAAAGAAACAUUACAAUGUGAAAUUUGUCCAUUUAUAAACACAUUGUUGGGUGCAUUGAAAGAGCUGAGCUGCAGUGAAUUUGAAAUUAAACAGUGAUGAUGUGUCAGCUUUUAGUGCAACGUUUUUCAAAUAUAUUCAAUGUGCGUGCAAUAUUACCUACAACAAUAAAAUACAUGCCAAAAUUAAUAACCACAUUGACAAUAUAGUAUUUAAAAUAUCUUGAAUACAUAGUAUUUGAAAGUUAUACAUUUAGGAAUCAUUUAUAAACAACACAAUUUCGUCAGCAAGUGUUUAAGUCAUAGUAUUGAAUUUUUGUGUAUAAAUGCGUGUACGUAUGUAGGUACUUAUAUUUAGACCAAUAAUAUUAUAACCUCUAAAUUUAAUAUCCAUAAAUUACUUAACGUUCAAUUAAAAACUUAUGCUGCACAUUUCUGUAUAUAAAAAUCGGAGAUUAUAGUACUUUUAUAAAUGUUUGUUAUAUAAAUUAAUGUGACAAAUAUACUUAAAUACCGUAAUACCUUCUACAAAAUGCGUACUGUAUUUAAACAAUUAAAUCAACAAAGCUUUCUAGUCGUUUUCGUAAUACAUUUGUAUUUGUUGGAAAAAUCAAUAUUGCUGUGCAAUUGUAUUCACGGUUUAAGAAAUGUCACGGAGAGUGCAGAAUUAGUCACCGGUAUUGAGUCGAGCUUAUCAUUGCCCGAUAUAUUGCCAAUACCAUCGAAAAACUAUGAUAAAAAUCGUGCUCCAAAAUUACUGGGACAGCCGACCGUUGUUUACUUCCAUGUGACAGUGUUAUCGCUGGAUUCCAUUAACGAAGAAUCGAUGACAUAUGUCACAGACGUAUUUCUAGCACAAAGUUGGCGGGAUCCUCGCCUGCGACUGCCAGAGAACAUGAGCGAACAGUAUCGUAUAUUGGAUGUCGAUUGGUUGCACAGCAUUUGGCGACCGGAUUGCUUCUUUAAGAAUGCAAAAAAAGUCACAUUCCACGAAAUGAGCAUACCAAAUCACUAUUUGUGGUUAUACCAUGAUAAGACCUUGCUCUACAUGUCCAAGUUAACUUUAGUGCUAUCAUGCGCCAUGAAGUUCGAGUCUUAUCCACAUGACACACAAAUCUGUUCCAUGAUGAUUGAGAGCUUAUCACACACGGUUGAGGACUUGGUAUUCAUUUGGAAUAUGACCGAUCCGCUGGUGGUUAAUACGGAAAUAGAAUUACCACAAUUGGAUAUAUCGAAUAAUUAUACAACCGAUUGUACUAUUGAAUAUUCAACAGGCAACUUCACCUGUCUGGCCAUCGUUUUCAAUCUGCGUCGCCGCCUCGGCUAUCAUCUCUUUCAUACCUAUAUACCGUCAGCGCUAAUUGUGGUCAUGUCAUGGAUUUCCUUCUGGAUUAAACCUGAAGCGAUACCGGCUCGUGUCACGCUCGGCGUCACAUCACUACUCACACUCGCCACACAAAACACCCAAUCACAACAAUCGCUGCCGCCAGUGUCGUACGUUAAGGCCAUCGAUGUGUGGAUGUCGUCGUGUUCGGUAUUUGUAUUCCUAUCGUUGAUGGAAUUCGCUGUGGUGAAUAACUAUAUGGGCCCGGUGGCGACGAAAGCCAUGAAGGGCUAUUCGGAUGAGAAUAUACACGAAAUCGGUGAUAUGAAGGUGAGAAAGAACCACCAUCGUGAGUCAAUAAUUGAACCACAGUAUGACACAUUCUGCCAUGGACAUGCCACAGCGAUUUAUAUUGAUAAAUUUUCGCGUUUCUUUUUUCCAUUUUCAUUUUUUAUACUAAACAUUGUUUAUUGGACAACUUUUCUUUAGUUGUUGUCGGAUUUAAAAUAAACGGCGGGAGUUGUUGUUGUUGAAAAUAUGUUUGAGCAUAACUACGAGUCUACAACAUUUCAAUUUGAUGGGUGGGCAUGAGAAUAUAUCAAAGUUAUUUAAUAGUAAAGCGUGACUAUUAGCAUUGAAAGAGUUUCAGAGAGAAAAAAAUACUUCUAGAAUAGUAAAAAUAUAAAGAAAAAAAUAUAGUUGUAAGAAAAAUUUACAGUUGAAAUCAUUCUCAUUAUUCGUUCAAAACUUCCUCACUCAACAUAUUCACUAGUUGUGUCUUUUUUAACUUUGCCUUCCUCGGGUAUCAAUGAUUCGGCUGUCGUGGGUAGGUGUCGAUGAUACAUCGUUUAGAAUGGUUAUGUCGUAAUAGCCUUUUCAUACAGCCAAAUUAAUUGAUCGAUUAAAAAUUUUAUUGAGAAACCAGUUUUUGUCAUUGUCACUGCCGACUACUCGAUAAUUGAAGCUGUUACACAUUUUUGUUUCUACUUUUCACAAGGAGUUGGUAAGUUUCAUCAGCUGAUUGCUAUUUAUUGUUUAUUUCCAACAACGAAAUCUACCGUCGUGUAGUGUGAACAAGAUUUUUAAUUUUCGAAUCUUAAAAUUUUUUUUAAAUC